AUGGCUACCGCGACAGUCACUAUAACGGCCGCCGCCUCGGCCAAGAAGAAAAGCGCCGAUCUAGCCCCCGAGAGCGAGCGCUACCUGCGCUGCUGCGCAGACGUCGCCAAUGCUCUGAUAGAGGACCACGAGGCCACCAAGAAUGGCCGCCCCAGUCGCGACAUCAACCUUAACAGCUUGCGCAACAAACUGUCCAAGAAGCACAAGCUCACCAACAUUCCGCCUCUGACCGCCAUCAUCGCUGCCAUCCCCGAACACUACAAGAAAUACAUCCUCCACAAGCUCAUCGCCAAGCCUAUCCGUACUUCGUCUGGUAUUGCCGUCGUUGCCGUCAUGUGCAAGCCUCACCGUUGUCCUCACAUUGCAUAUACGGGCAACAUCUGCGUCUACUGCCCCGGUGGCCCCGACUCCGACUUUGAAUACAGCACGCAGUCGUAUACCGGCUACGAGCCCACCUCGAUGCGCGCCAUCCGUGCGCGGUACGACCCGUUCGAGCAGGCUCGCGGCCGCGUAGACCAGCUCAAGUCUCUCGGACACUCGGUCGACAAGGUCGAAUACAUCAUCAUGGGCGGCACCUUCAUGUCGCUGCCCGUGCCGUACCGCGAGGACUUCAUCGCGCAGCUGCACAACGCCCUCAGCGGCUACCAGACGUCCGACGUCGACGAGGCCGUCGAGGCCGCCGAGAUGAGCAACGUCAAGUGUGUCGGCAUCACCAUCGAGACACGCCCAGAUUACUGCCUGCAGCCGCACUUGUCCGAUAUGCUGCGCUAUGGCUGCACCCGUCUCGAGGUGGGCGUGCAGUCGCUCUACGAGGACGUUGCCCGCGAUACCAAUCGUGGCCACACUGUUGCUGCCGUGGCCGAGACCUUUUGUCUGUCCAAGGACGCGGGAUUCAAGGUGGUUAGCCACAUGAUGCCUGAUUUGCCGAACGUGGGCAUGGAGCGCGAUCUCGACCAGUUUCGAGAGUACUUUGAAAGCCCCGCAUUCCGAACUGAUGGCCUUAAAAUAUACCCGACCCUCGUCAUUCGUGGCACCGGUCUCUAUGAGCUGUGGCGGACCGGCCGCUACCAAAACUACACACCAAACGGCCUCAUCGACCUGGUCGCCCGCAUCCUGGCGCUGAUCCCGCCCUGGACGCGCAUCUACCGCGUGCAGCGCGACAUUCCCAUGCCCCUCGUGACAUCUGGCGUCGAGAACGGCAACUUGCGCGAGCUAGCCCUCGCCCGUAUGAAGGAUUUCGGCACCACCUGCCGCGACGUCCGUACGCGCGAGGUUGGUGUCAACGAAGUCAAGCACAAAAUCCGGCCCAACCAGAUUGAGCUCGUGCGCCGCGACUAUACCGCCAACGGCGGCUGGGAGACUUUUUUGGCGUACGAGGACCCCAAGCAGGACAUCCUCGUCGGCCUACUGCGCCUCCGCAAGUGUACCGAAAAGUACACGUUCCGCCCCGAGCUGACAGGCCAGCCCACGAGCAUGAUUCGCGAGCUGCACGUCUACGGCACCGCCGUCCCCGUUCACGCUCGCGACCCCCGCAAGUUUCAGCACCAGGGCUUCGGCACCCUGCUCAUGGAGGAGGCCGAGCGAAUCGCGCGCGACGAGCACGGUAGCGAUAAGAUUAGCGUCAUCUCUGGCGUUGGCGUCCGCAACUAUUACAGGAAGCUGGGCUACUGGCUUGACGGGCCGUACAUGAGCAAGUGGCUUGAUGGGCGCCCUGGGCCGGUUGAAGAGUAG